AUGGCACCUCCCCGCCGCAAUCUACUUCCCAAAGAGCGAUUCGCAUUCUCAUUUGGGAGCCUCAAGACUCAGAGCUAUCAUGACCCUAUUGCGCGAACGCCCGGAUCUCAUACAAUCCGAACGAUAGCAUGGAACCCUACCGGCCAGCUUAUCGCUACAGGCUCAGCGGACCGUACCCUUCGAAUCUGGAACCCUGAGCGCGCGCAAGUCAAAUACUCGACUGACCUCCGCGGUCACACCGCGGGGAUCGAGAAAGUCUUAUUUAACCCAGUUCGAGACUCGGAGCUAGCCAGCUGUUCUUCUGAUGGUACCGUGCGCUUCUGGGAUGUUCGCUCGAAGACUUGUGUGAGCCGUCUAGAUGUCGGCGGCGAAGCAUUCACCUUGUCUUGGUCGGCUGAUGGGAGUACAAUGGUGGUUGGAAGGAAGGUGAGGAGAGCUCCUUUGAGAUGA